AUGGUGACUAUAACUCAAACCCAAGAACCUUCUCGUAAGAGAUUGAAAACAAACAACUCAGAAGUCAAGAAAAUAGUAACGUUCAAAGACGAUGACGAACAACCUACCUCACCAAAAAGAUCACAGAAGAAAUCAUCUCAACAACCCACAGUUGUUUCUUUCAUGAAAAAAAGUCAAUCAGUCCUCUCCGUCACCGACUUCAAAGAACCACUCAAACUCCAAACCGAAUAUCCUAUCCCAGAACUCCUCCACCCUCAUGAAAUUCUUGUUCAUAAUAAAGCCAUCGGUCUCAAUCCCGUUGAUUGGAAGGGAAAGAAAUAUGGAUUUGGAAUCUAUCAUUUCCCCUGGAUAAAUGGUCGUGAAAGUAGUGGGACCGUAGUCAAAUUAGGUGAACAGGUCACUGAUGUCAAGAUUGGCGAUGAUGUGAUUGUAAGUUCCACUAGUUACAGAGAUACCAGAACCUCCACGUUUCAACAAUAUACCGCUAUUGAUUCUAGAUUGGUAUGGAAAUUGCCAAAAGAGUUUAGUUAUGAGGAUGGGGCUACUAUUGGAGUCGGAUUGGUGACUGCUGGUGUUAUAUUGUUUAAUAGUUUUGGAUUUGAGUUGGCGAAAGAUCCGAAGAAAUUAAAGGGGGGUAGCAUAUUGAUUUGGGGUGGGGCUACCGUUGUUGGAAUUUAUCUUACACAAUUGGCUAAAUUGUAUGGAUUGACUGUUAUUUCAAUUGCUGGAUUAUCUCAUGAGAAAUAUCUUAAGAGUUUAGGAGCUGAUUAUUUGAUUGAUCGUCAUUUAUCUGAAGAAGAAAUCACCGAAAAGGUAAAAGAGGUCGCAGGUGAGGGUGGGAUACAAUACGGAGUUGAUUGCGUUUCCAAACAAACAUCCACUCUUGUUUUAAAUAUACUCGAUCUGGUUCAUAAGAAGGACGACACUGAUGAUAACAAAGCCAAAUUUGCCGGGAUUGUAGGUGUUCCAAAAGAACAUCCCGAAUCCGUCGAAAUAAAAGAAGUCAUAAUUAAGAGAUUUCAUGAAGAUAUUUCAUUUGGGAAGGAGUUUAUAGAGAUCACAUCGGAUUAUUUAGAAACCGAGAAGAUAAAACCCGUUAGAUACCGACAAUAUAAAGGAGGACUUCAUAUUAUUGAUGAAGCCUUGAAGGAUUUAGAAAAUAAGGGGGCAAAGGGUGAAAAAUACGUAGUUAGUGUUUAG